AUGUCUAUUCGCAGCGCCCGUUCGCGACGUGAAGUUGAUCCAUCCAUUGCCCUCCCUAUUCAGUACCGCACUGUAUCGUAUCAGAUCGAGGAUACCAUACAGAAAGAUGUCACGACGCAGUCAAAGGCGAAAGACACAGCCACCAAGGAGCUAUCAUCGCUUGAAUGGCAUAUAAUCUCAACUGACGAGGCUCUUCGCCGUCUCAGCGCAUCGAUGACGGAGGGUCUCUCCAACGAACAGGUUGCUCGCAGACAAAAAGAAUACGGACGAAAUGCUCCAUCACCGCCAAAAUCCCAUGCCCUCCAGAAGUAUUUCGGUUACUUCUUUAAGGGGUUCGGUCCUGUGCUGCUAGUAGGAGCCGUCCUCGUUCUCAUCGCAUGGAAACCACUCGGCGAACCCCCAGCUUUGGCUAAUCUGGCCCUUGGAAUCGUCCUAGUUGCUGUGUUCUUCAUUCAGGCUGCGUUCAAUAUGUUUCAGGACUGGAGCUCGUCCAGAGUGAUGAGUUCUAUCAAGAACAUGCUUCCAGAGGAUUCCAUGGUCAUCCGAAAUGGUGUACAGACCUCCCUCGAGGCUCAGGAGCUCGUUCCUGGAGAUAUCGUAUGUGUUAAAGCUGGAAACAAACUACCAGCUGACAUACGUUUUCUCCAAGUUUCUAGCGAUGCCAAGUUUGAUAGGUCUAUUCUAACCGGAGAGUCGUUACCCCUCGCAGCAACAGUCGAUUCAACAGAUGAAAACUACCUUGAAACUCGUUGUAUCGGCUUGCAAGGCACUCACUGUGUUUCCGGAUCUUGCACCGGCCUGGUCGUGGCAACGGGUGACCGCACAGUAUUUGGUCGCAUUGCUGCUUUGACAAACGAGCCUAAAGCAAAAAUGACCACUCUAGAGAAGGAAGUUCUAUACUUUGUCGCCAUUAUUUGUUCCAUCAUGUUGGCUAUGAUCACUAUCGUAUUGAUUGUCUGGGGCGCGUGGUUAAAAAAGGCCCAUCCAGGUUGGAUCAACGUCCCGACUCUCAUCGUCGACUGUGUCAGCGUAGCCAUUGCUUUUAUCCCGGAAGGUCUGCCUAUUGCGUUAACUGCUGGCUUGACGAUCACAGCGAAUUUGAUGCGAAAGCAUAAAGUCUUGUGUAAAUCGUUGAAGACUGUCGAGACCCUAGGGUCCGUCUCAGUCAUCUGCUCAGAUAAGACGGGAACUCUUACCGAGAAUCGAAUGACAGUUACCGAAUGUACCAUUGGAACCCACACCAUUACGGUCGACGAUGCCGAAGACGAAUUAGAGGUUAGCACGGCACCGGCUAUCGCAGGGAUGGUCACAACAGGCGUUGAUCAAGUACGUUCUAUUGCUGGGCUCUGUAACGCAGCAGAAUUCGACGCCGCCACUAUGGAACUUCCCAUCGAGCAACGCCGCGUUUUCGGCGACGCUACCGACCAGGCAGUGCUGAGAUUUUCUGAGCGAUUCGGAUCGGUACAUCACCUGCGCCAAUGCUGGCAGAAAACAUACGAAUUGGCUUUCAACAGCAAGAAUAAGUUCAUGAUCAGGACGUUUUCAAUGUUCAAGAAAGACUGUUUGAAAGCUACUUUGUCGGAAAGCGAGGCGGACGCCUUCCACGCAGGUGAUACUCUAUUGACCAUCAAGGGAGCCCCCGAUGUUCUCAUCAACAGAUGCUCCUCCUUUGUUAACAAUGCUGGAGAUGUACAUCCCUUCGAUGAUGAAAUGCGUACGGCAUUUGAGAACGUGAAGGACGCGUACAGCAGUCAAGGGAAGCGCUGUCUUCUGCUUGCUCGCAAAGUCAUCCGCCAAGGAGAGUUACAGCAUCAGUCCGGGACAAGCCAAUUUGAAGACGAGAUCACCGAACAAGCUAAGUCGGGGCUGACUCUGGUCGGUGUUGUCGCCAUCGUCGAUCCUCUCCGUCCAGAAAUUCGCGAAGUGGUAUCGACACUUCGUGGUGCCGGUAUCAGGGUCUUCAUGGUCACUGGCGAUUUUGCCCUCACUGCACUUGCAAUCGCUCAAGAUGCUGGUAUCGUUAGUUGUUCGUCUUCAGUUCACGAUAUCUCCGCACUGCACAGAGAUCCUGGAGACAGCGACCUAAAGCCUACCGCAUCUCGUUCGUCAAUCCUCAUCAGUGGACCAGAAUUACUCGGCCUGAACGAGUAUCAGUGGAAGACUCUAACCAAGUACGAGGAAAUCGUGUUCGCUCGGACCACGCCAGAACAGAAAUUGCGUAUCGUUAAAGAAUUCCAAGCCGAAAGUGUCGUCGCCAUGACCGGAGAUGGCGUAAAUGAUGCACCAUCACUCAAAGCUGCUGACGUUGGCAUCGCCCUGGGAAGCGGUUCCGAUAUCGCCAUCGAAGCAGCGGACAUGGUUUUGCUUGAGUCUUUCUCAUCAGUCGUAGAAGCGGUUCAGUAUGGUCGUGUGGUCUUCGACAACUUGAAGAAAGUCAUUUGCUACCUCUUACCUGCUGGAAGUUUUGCUGAAUUCUGGCCGGUUAUGACCAACGUCAUCUUCGGACUUCCUCAAGUUCUCUCAUCUUUCCUCAUGAUCAUCAUUUGCUGUUUCACCGAUUGUGCUGCCGCGACGGUGCUCUCUUAUGAGAAGCCUGAGGCCGACGUCUUAUUGCGAAGGCCGCGCAAUGUUAAGAAGGACCGGUUAGUUAACUGGCAACUCGUCGGACAUGCAUACGGUGUCCUCGGCAUGAUUGAAACUAUUGCAUCAUUUGCCAUGGCUUAUUGGUAUUUAGAAAAGAAUGGCAUACCUUUUCGUGUGCUUUGGUUCUCUUUUGGAAGCCUCCCGGAUUGGAUCGAUCCGGACUACUAUGCUGAGAAAUUGAACGAGGCAUCUUCUAUCUAUUUUGUCAAUCUCGUCGUUAUGCAAUGGUUCAAUUUGCUUGCUGUCCGCACUCGUCGCUGGAGCAUCUUCCAGCAUCCUCCGGCUUUGAAUAAGAAUACCCAGAAUUUGUAUCUUUUCCCGGCAAUCAUCUUCGCGUUGUCGAUGGCUAUCCUCUGGCUUUACAUCCCGCAACUGCAGUCAAUUUUGGGAACCUCGCCCGUCCCAGUGGAACACUGGUUCUUACCCUUCGCUUUUGGUUUGUUCAUUCUCCUAUUUGACGAAGUCCGCAAAUUUCUAGUGAGGAAAUAUCCCAACGGAUUAAUUGCCAAGUUAGCAUGGUAA